AUGCAAGUUAUAAAGAAACCUAAAUUACAACAACCAGUUCAAUUACAAGAUAGAGAUUAUAGAUACAAGUUAUCGUUGUAUUGUAGUCCACCAUCACUCGACCACAUCAAUGCAUCUCAAAUAGAACAUAUGUGUCUAAUAUUAAAGACAAUAUCAGAUGCAAAGACAAAUAUAUCAGGUAAUAAUAAAUUAGAGUUUGAUGAAGCAAUGAGAUCGGGAUUGGUAGAGUUUAUCAAUCAAAGUGAAGAGUUGUAUCAAUAUAAAGAUGAAUGUUCACACUUUUUGUUACGUUUGGCAAUGUGUACAUCGGACGAUCGUGAUUGGUUCAUUCAACAAGAAAUCAAUCUAUUGAAAUACCGAUUGGAACAAGCAACCGCUGCAGAAACUCAAUCUUUUCUUCAACAAUAUUCUGAAUUUGGCUGGAACCCAGUAUCAACUGAAGAAUUUGAUCAAUAUAAAGACAGUUUAAAUUAUAUUUAUAAUGAAAAGAAACAAAGACAAGAAAAGACAAAGACAGCAGGAAAUAUUAAUAUAAAAUCAAAAGCAAAUUUAAAUAUAAAACCAUUUGGAAAUGAUACAUUUAUAAAGAUUGCAUUUCAAGAAGUACCUUAUUUGGUGAUGAGAAAAAAGGUUGUAGUUCAAAAGGGUGUGGCGUAUAUUCUACGUAGUGAUAUUGCUGAUGUCGUAGCAGAGACGUAUCGUUCAUACUUGCAAUUUACAUUGGAUGCUGUUAGAGAGGAAAAGGAACGAUUAAAGAUGCAGUUCCCAGACAUUUACGAUUUCUUUGCCACAUUACCUAAAUGCAACAAUCCACUUGGUAAUGCGACCACCAAGGUACAGGGUAGAGUGGGACCUCUUGAAAUUGCACCACUCUCCAAGACAUCGUUCCCAUUGUGUAUGCGUGUCAUGCACGAUACACUCGUUCAAACUGGUAAACUCAAGCAUGAAGGUCGUCUCCAAUUCUCCACCUUUCUCAAGGGUAUUGGGUUUGUCUAUGAAGAUGCCAUCGUCUAUUGGAAACAAAUGUUUUCGAAAAAGGUGUCUGGUGCCGAUUUUGACAAAGACUAUUCCUACACGUUCCGUCAUACCUAUGGUCUUGAAGGAAAGGCUACCUCGUACUCUCCCUAUGCCUGUCUCAAGAUCCAACAGAAAAUACCAAAUGCAAUUGAACAAGUUCAUGGAUGUCCCUAUAUGUGGGAGUCUGACAAACUUCAACAAAAAUUACAAUCUUUAAAUAUUGAUCAAUUUGUCAUUGAAGAUAUGUUGGUUACUUCUAAAAUUUCAAUGAAUGUUGCAUGUGGAAAACAUUUUGCUUUUCUUCAUCCAAAGAAUAGAACCAAUUUUACAGUUGUUAAUCAUCCAAAUCAAUUUUAUGAACAAUCACGUUCCCAUUAUAGAUACCUUGAGAGUUUAGACAAAGUAGAUAAUAAUAAUAAUAAUAAUAAUAAUAAUAAUGAUAGUCAACAGCAACAAUAA